CUUGCGCCUCCUGCGCCCCCACCCCCCAUCCAAGGAUAUGCCUUCAAGCCUCCACCCAGACCCGACUUUGGGACCUCCGGGAGAACAAUCAAAUUGCAGGCCAAUUUCUUCGAAAUGGACAUCCCCAAAAUUGACAUCUAUCAUUAUGAAUUGGAUAUCAAGCCCGAGAAAUGCCCAAGGAGAGUCAACAGGGAAAUAGUGGAACACAUGGUCCAGCACUUUAAAACACAGAUCUUUGGGGAUCGGAAACCAGUGUUUGAUGGAAGAAAGAAUCUUUACACAGCCAUGCCCCUUCCAAUUGGGAGGGAUAAGGUGGAGCUGGAGGUCACGCUGCCAGGAGAAGGCAAAGAUCGCAUCUUCAAGGUGUCCAUCAAGUGGGUGUCCUGCGUGAGCUUACAGGCGUUACAUGAUGCACUUUCUGGGCGGCUGCCCAGCGUCCCCUUUGAGACGAUCCAGGCUCUGGAUGUGGUCAUGAGGCAUUUGCCGUCCAUGAGGUACACACCUGUGGGCCGCUCCUUCUUCACCGCCUCUGAGGGCUGCUCCAAUCCCCUUGGUGGAGGCCGAGAAGUAUGGUUCGGGUUCCAUCAGUCCGUCCGACCUUCUCUUUGGAAAAUGAUGCUGAACAUUGAUGUGUCGGCAACUGCAUUUUAUAAGGCACAGCCAGUUAUCGAGUUUGUUUGUGAAGUUUUGGAUUUUAAAAGUAUUGAAGAACAACAAAAACCUCUGACAGAUUCCCAAAGGGUAAAGUUUACCAAAGAAAUUAAAGGUCUAAAGGUGGAGAUAACGCACUGUGGGCAGAUGAAGAGGAAGUACCGAGUCUGCAACGUGACCCGGCGGCCUGCCAGCCACCAAACGUUCCCGCUGCAGCAGGAGAGUGGGCAGACAGUGGAGUGCACGGUGGCCCAGUACUUCAAGGACAGGCACAAGCUGGUUCUGCGCUACCCCCACCUUCCAUGUUUACAAGUCGGACAGGAGCAGAAACACACCUACCUUCCCUUGGAGGUCUGUAACAUAGUGGCAGGACAGAGGUGUAUUAAAAAACUGACAGACAAUCAGACUUCAACCAUGAUCAGAGCGACUGCUAGGUCAGCACCCGAUCGGCAAGAAGAGAUUAGCAAAUUGAUGCGAAGUGCGAGUUUUAACACAGACCCAUACGUUCGUGAGUUUGGAAUCAUGGUCAAAGAUGAAAUGACGGAUGUGACUGGACGGGUGCUGCAGCCGCCCUCCAUCCUCUAUGGGGGCAGGAAUAAAGCCAUUGCCACUCCUGUCCAGGGCGUCUGGGACAUGAGGAACAAGCAGUUCCACACAGGCAUCGAGAUCAAGGUGUGGGCCAUUGCGUGCUUUGCCCCACAACGCCAGUGCACAGAAGUCCAUCUGAAGUCCUUCACAGAGCAGCUCAGAAAGAUCUCAAGAGAUGCUGGCAUGCCCAUCCAGGGCCAGCCGUGCUUCUGCAAGUAUGCGCAGGGAGCGGACAGCGUGGAGCCCAUGUUCAGGCACCUGAAGAACACAUACGCGGGCCUGCAGCUGGUGGUGGUCAUCCUGCCCGGCAAAACCCCCGUGUAUGCUGAAGUGAAGCGCGUGGGAGACACUGUGCUGGGCAUGGCCACACAGUGUGUACAGAUGAAGAACGUGCAGAGGACCACACCGCAGACCCUGUCCAACCUCUGCUUGAAGAUCAAUGUCAAGCUAGGAGGCGUGAACAACAUCCUGCUGCCCCAGGGCAGGCCUCCAGUGUUCCAGCAGCCUGUCAUCUUCCUGGGAGCAGACGUCACUCACCCACCCGCUGGGGAUGGGAAGAAGCCUUCCAUUGCUGCUGUGGUGGGCAGCAUGGACGCCCACCCCAACCGCUACUGUGCCACAGUGCGUGUGCAGCAGCACCGGCAGGAGAUCAUUCAGGACUUGGCCGCCAUGGUCCGCGAGCUCCUCAUCCAGUUCUACAAGUCCACACGCUUCAAGCCCACCCGCAUCAUCUUCUACCGUGAUGGAGUCUCCGAGGGACAGUUCCAGCAGGUUCUCCACCAUGAGCUGCUGGCCAUUCGCGAGGCCUGCAUCAAGCUGGAGAAGGACUACCAGCCGGGGAUCACUUUCAUCGUGGUGCAGAAGAGGCACCACACGCGGCUCUUCUGCACCGACAAGAAUGAACGGGUUGGGAAGAGUGGAAACAUUCCAGCAGGCACGACUGUGGACACGAAGAUCACCCACCCGACAGAGUUCGAUUUUUACCUGUGCAGUCACGCAGGCAUCCAGGGGACAAGCAGGCCUUCGCACUAUCACGUCCUUUGGGAUGACAAUCGUUUCUCUUCCGAUGAGCUGCAGAUUCUAACCUACCAGCUGUGUCACACCUACGUGCGCUGCACACGCUCUGUGUCCAUCCCCGCGCCAGCAUACUACGCUCACCUGGUGGCCUUCCGGGCCAGGUACCACCUGGUAGAUAAGGAGCAUGACAGUGCUGAAGGAAGCCAUACCUCUGGGCAGAGUAACGGGCGAGACCACCAAGCACUGGCCAAGGCGGUCCAGGUUCAUCAGGACACUCUGCGCACUAUGUACUUUGCUUGACAUGUUUUAGUGUUUAGCGAUUGUGUACCGAGUUGGAUUCACAUGAGACCAGCUACACUCAGACCAACUGAUGGCCAGCCCUUCCGUGACAGCCAGCAUCGAACAUGAGACAUCAUUGGUUUUCUUAGAUUCUCCAUUUUCCAGAAUGCCUUCCGUCCCAGAUUUCAAACUUGGAUUUUGAACUGCAGACCUGUAUGAGACCCCAAUGUCGUAGGAAAUAUGGUUUGCCAAAAUCUAUAAGCUGCUUAUUAAAAUAGAGUCCCAUGUUUCCUGAAAAUCUCCUAAAACCAGUCUAUGAACUCAGGGCUUUAAAACAUUUUUAAUUUAUUUGGUCAUUCAAUUUACUUAUUUUUAACACAUGAUUCUCUAUGAAAUUGAUGGGCUCAAACUAGCUAUGAAGGUUCUCUGAGAGUAAAAGCAACAUGAAAACACAAUUGUGGUUUUAAAGCCUUGAACAUUCUGAUGUUGUCACUAAAGUUGAUUUCCAGAUGAUGCUUGUGUGCUCCUGACAUGGCUCACACAAGCUCUUUGGGACAGAGGGCAGGUGGCCGUGCUGAGGCGUCUGCAGGUGUCUUGCUCUGCUGCUGCUGGCCUCGCACACAGCCUGGGCUAAGGGGCAGUGGCAGGAGGUGGCCCUGUGUGUUUACAGCAUUUACAGGUCCAGAGAGAUUGGCAGACAAGUGCCAUUUUAAUAAAAAUUUAUUUAAAAAAAGAAAAAAGACAAUAUACCGACAGUCUAAUCAUAAGAUUUGUCCUAUAGGACUGUGACAUUUAUUUUCCAAAGUUUCUAAAGAAUACGGGUCUGUGGUGAUAAAUACAGUACAAUCCUUUUUCACUGUUAAUGUCUUUAAUGUAAGAGAAAAAUAUAUAUAUAUCUGGUUUGCAGUAUUAAUGUGAUAGAUAGAUGCUGUUUUUCAUUUACUUGACUACGGGGUGCUUCUUGUGAUCUGUUUGGCAUAUUAAGAGUGUUUGGCGCCUGCAGAGUGGACCACGCCUGCGGUUCUUAGUGCUCAAGUACCAGAAUAUGCAACUGACUUAAUGUGACAGCGACCGCCUCCCCCGGUGUAGAUGUAUAGCCUAUACCUUCCAGAGGGACGAGUGUGCUCACCACAGUUGCUCGCCCCUCCCACCUCCCCAUCCCCAUCCCAUGUUCUCAGUUGGUGAAGCACAAAUGGAAUUUAUUCUUCUGUUGCUGGGAGCCAGGUUCGCGCAUGGCAGGGUGCCUAUCACAGGACUUGAGCACGGGCGACCGUCUGUGCAGCUCCUGUCGGGUGUGAGGCUGGCUGCCUGCAGAGCCCCUGCAGGGCAUGGCCAUGCUGCUGGCAUCUGCACUGGGGGCCCUCAGGGUGGGUAUGCCAAUCUGAGAGCCAUCACGGGCAGUUCUAAAGGAUGACAACAGACAGCUCUAUGAUGAGUGGGCUUUUCGUCCUUGUACACAACUUUGGUAAGAAUCAAAUCCAUGUUUCAUGUAGAGAUUGCGGGAAGGGGCUGGCCCUUCCCUAGGGCUGCUUCAUGCUCUGUAGGUUUUGUCCCUCCUGCCACAUCCCCUCCCCAGCCCUAGUGACAUUUACCUCUGGCACUGCAGUGGGGUAAGGCCCAGUGGCGGGCCCCAUGCAGAGUGAAUGCCCACCUCUGCCUUCUUGUUGACCUGCUUUGCAGGUGGCGGGAGGGAUGGUCAGUCCAGCUGCAAGAGCCCUGGGCACUCUGCCUGGAUUCAAGGCAGUGACAAAGGGAUGGCAGUUAUUGUGAAGAUUCACACUUGGAGCUCUGUGUGUGUGUGUACACGUGUGCGUGUGUUUGGGUGUGCGCAGGUGUCGUCUUAAUGGCAUUAGUCUCUUCUUGCUGUAUCUUUUUUUAAUCUUUUGAAGUGACAGAAGCCUCUGCUCUAAGAAACGUUGCAAUUCCCUGUCGUUUUAUUAGCAAGUGGCACUUUCUUCUCUUUUCAGAAGGAUUCAAGUAUACUCUUAGCUUAAAUUACCAGCCGGAUUCAAGCUAAAAGAGGGAAUCUUUUGACUAACGAAGUUUUAAAAUCUAAAAUUAGGUUAGUUUUCAGCCAUUUUUAGAGUCAUCUGGAACAUGUAUCUCAAAGGUGUGUUUCUGCCAUGGCAGUGCGGUUUCAGUUGUCUGGGGAAUGGUGGUUCUUACCAUACAGAUUGGCAGGCCUGCCGCAAACCUCUUUAAUAGAUUGUCCAAGGCUUGGGCAUAGCACCUGUGUUUUAAAAGAUCACUGUAACCCUGGGCUUCCUGAUCUGGGGCUUUCCCCAGUACUGAGGGGCCAGCCAGGGGGACUCCUCAGCCACGUAGGCAGGUUUUCAAAGUUGAUACCCAGAAAAGAGUUCAUGCUGGCAGAAAAUUGGACCUAUAAAAAUUUUUUGUCCUUUUGAAGAAAAAUUUUCUUUUUAGUGGGCCAAAGUACUUUUAGAAGGGUACUUUUAUAUAGCCCCAUGCUUACUUUAUAAAACUUUUAAUACUAAAAAUGUUACCAUAGACCAAAUGUAUCGAGUUGGGUCGGCUGCAUACCUUUGUACAUGUCUGAUGAUUCAGAAUUUAAAUGGCUGUAGUUACAAUUUCUCAGGUAAACAAUUGUUUUCCCAAAUUUCUACCAAUCCCUCCAUUAUUAGGAUGAAUUUUGAGACAGCUUAAAAUCUCAAAGUACAGUACGCUAAGUCCCAGCCUUGUUCACCAGGAAGCCAGUUCUGCCAAGCCAGAGCAGGGGUCCAAGGCAGCACCCUCUCUGCGCCUUCACUGCUUCCCCAGGGCACCGGGCCCAUUCAGACUAGCGGGUGCCACUUGCUGGCUUUGUCCCCACCCCACUGUUAAGUAAGGUGUGCCUUGCUUUAAGCAAACUGAAUGUGAAAAUUAUGACGUAGAAAUCUGGGUUUAUUUGAAAGAAAAACUGGGAUUUAUCUCUUUAGGAGAGGUCUCCCGAUUAGAUUCCUAUACUGGACUUUUCCUAAUAUAUUUUAAAAUAUUAGCUUUUUAAAAACCAUUGAGGUACUCCCAUCCCUUCAUCACUAUCUAGUACAUUCUACAAGUUCUAAUAAGUGAUUCAAGAAACCCAGGGGAGCCAUUUGAAGUUGUCAUUCUGUAUAAGAGCCCUUUGGUACUGCAAAGAUGCCACACUCUGUUAUCAAUGUAUCAUAAGCUCGCAUUUUCCUAAUUUACAUACAUUUUGUAAAACUGGGCAUAACCGUACUUUCAGAAAGGGAUUGUUUUAUUUGGGUUUUGGUUUUGUUUCAAGUACUUACUUCUGAUCCUACAUUUGAGGGCCUGCUUUUUCUUUUCAGGAGUGUGUGGCUUUUGGCAGUGUCCUCACACUCUGUUGCGUGGACUGGCCACGAGGGAGCUGCUGGCAGCAGGGGGCUCCGCUGUUUGAGGCUGGCCUGCACACUGCUCUACUCACGUUCCCUGUGAUCAGAUGGUCACUAGAAAGGACAGUUUAUGUUCAGCUCCUAUAUGGGGUUGAGGGAUGGUUUAUUAUUGUUGUUAUAUGUUAUUUUUAUUGUUGUUAAAUGCAAAUGUUGCUAUUUAUUUUUUGGCCCCUGCUCUGGUUUGAUUUGGCCGCUGUGGAUACUCUGGUGCAUGUGAUUCCUAACGGAUAUGAUAGAAGUUAUUUUCUGCAACUUUUAUAAAUUCCCUAAUGUUCACCUUCAAGUUUGCCGGAUGAUUUAUUUUUGAAAGCCACAAAUGUAAUUUUUCUGGAUGAAUUGUUUUUCUUAAAUAUGCAGCAAUGUAAUUUUACAUUGAUCUGCAGGGUGAUUUAAAUUUUAUUUUUACAAGGCAGUUUUUCAGUCAAAUUAUAUAUUUGAUACAAUAUGUUAAGGAUGACCAGCCAAGUGUCAUGCGGUGGGGACACCACCAGAAUGUCUCGCGGGGCCUUUAGGGGCUGGGAUGCUCCUCUUGGUUGCUUGUCAUGGUAGCACUUGACAUGUUUCAUGAGCCUGCAGGAACUGGAUGGAUGGAGUCCUCCAACCUGACUUGACCUGUUGGAUAGCUGAAAGGAUUUUUCAUGGGCAUUUUCCUACACUAAACUAAGGCAGUUCCAUUAGGAGGAGCUUUAGAAGUUGACAUAGUCCAGACAGUGGACAAUCCCAGUGGCCCAGACAAGCCAUAAGAAAUUUUCCUGUGACCUCUCUGACUCAUCUCUCACGCUCAUGAGAAAAGGAAUGUACAAUAAAUAGAAACGAAAACUUCCUCAGUGUUCAUACGCCUCACUUGCAAAUUGCAAGUGUAUUAUUUAUAUUUUAAGCCCUUCCCCAAAGCAACCAAGAAUAUUCUUUCUAGCUGCGUGCCAGCAGUUCAUCUGCUGUGGCGUUUUCCAGUGUAGACUUAGUGCACGUGUGACUUUGUAAUGGAGGUGUCCAUGUUACACACACACAUGCGGACUCGUUUUUGUAAGGAAAAUUUUCAACUCAAAAUAAUUGCACUGAUUUUUUGACAACUUCUUUUUAUUAUGUCCAACUUUGCAUCUGCUGUACUUGUUGAAAUGAUUGUAAAUAGAUUUAUGGUUGAAGUGAUGGUGUGAACACAAUGUGUCGCUCUCUUCUCGUGGCACUUCCUGUGCCACAGUGCUGCCUGUUAGAGCCGUGCGGACUCCAUUCUGUUCUUGUCUUUAGCCUGAUGUCUGUUGACCGUUCAUGAAGAACAAAGUAGCCUCAUUUUCUUGUUUUUCUGAAAGGACAUUUUCAAUUUAUUAAAAGCAGAAUGUGCUCUCUUGAUAUCUGAAGAUUUUAUUUUAAAAGGAAUAAUUGUAAAUCUUUUGAACACUUUUAGGUCUGUUUGACUCCUUGUUUGCCAUGGCUCCCUGAAGUUUUUUCCGGUUCCGUCCAGGCUUUGACGGUUUGGAUAAGGGGCGGCCAUGUGCCCGUGUUACUAGAACAUAAUGGCCUCCUUUGCGUCUCUGCUCAGAAGUCACAAGCCAGGAGGUGUCAAGACCAUCCUAUCUGGCUGCACCCAUAGAUGCCAGAGAGACUGGAGGCACAGUGCUGUUCUCGUGUUCUUGUGAUGUUGUGGGGCUGGGAGUGCCAUGUGCAAGUCUGUCUGUGGUCAGGCUCCCCAGGGUCACAGAAAGGAAGUUUUGAACCCAGACCUGUCUUGUGUGUCAGUGUCACGUCUGUGCUGUGGCAUGUGCCCUACUCAUGCUUCUUUGGAUGUGUUUUGCCAUUUUAUUGUCUAAAGCGAAUGUAUUGGCUUAGCCAAAUCACUACAGAAGGUGGUUUCUAAAUACCUUUUUGUUUAAAAACUGAUGCAGAUAAGGCUACCUCUGAAUUCUCAAUAGAUUCAUCAUGUCUGCUCUUAAGCAUAGCUGUCCACACUGAAAAUAGCCAAAAUUGUUGCCUGAAUAAACUGAAUUGUGAACAUCUCUUUGUUCAGUUAUGGCUUGAAAAUUUGUGUGCCAGCCUGUGAGCUGUGGGCAGCGCCCUCUUCCUCCUCUGCUGUGUCAGGUGGACGAGGGACUCCUCAGCGCUGCCCAGCUCCGGGACCCUAGGAUUCUGAGAGGCCAGCACAAAUGAAAUGGGAGGGCCUUUCCGCAUGGGACAGCACCCUGUCCUCUCAGGUCAGCAGGAGCAUCUCUACGCAGGGCUGCGUGUGGCAGAACCUUAAACAGCCUGUGUCCUGCCUGGCUUUUCCCUUUCCUGUUUAAUAGAAGAAAGCACUUUUGGGUUUUUUUCUUUCUUUCUUUCUUUUUUUUUUGCUUUACCUGGGAAUGGGUUGGAAGUGGCUUCCUCUGGUCUCUUCUCCCUUUUUAUACGCUCUGUAAAAUCACGAAGGUGCUUCAACACCAACUCUUGUACAAGUAGUAUGUUUUAAAUAGUCAGCGUGGCUUUAGAAGACACGCAGAUUUGUUAGACCUUUGACUUUAGGGCUUUGAAUUACUAUCACUCCCCACUAAAAAUGAACUGAGGGUUGAAAGUGAAGCAUUCUGUUCAAAUCCAGGGCCCUUUGAAAAGGACAUAAGGUCCACAGCUGGCGUCCUGAAGCAGACCCUGCCACUAGGGGCACUGCAGAUGCCUGACACUGACUCCUAGGAAGUCUGUCCUGGGCAAGCUGAUGACUCUGAACACUCUCCCUGUAAUUAACCACUUUGCUGUCAGAAAUGUCACCCCCGCACACUGUACUGUGUACCGUGACCCCUGGCCGCCUCCAUUCUCUGUAGGCCCCUUGUGUCCUCUCAUCUUCAGAAGGUUCACAUUCUCUCCAAAGCACCUCGGUUGGUUGACUCCUGAAUUACAGACGUCUAGGGUUCUGGAGGAAAGUCUGUUCUCAUGCUGGAUGAUCAUCAGACAUUGACUGGCCCAGAGGGGUUCAGCACAUCAUUACCUGGAAGGAAUUGCCUUUAACUACUGUUUGGGUUUUGAUGCUUUUUAUGCUACAUAGCAUGCUUUAAUUUAGAAAGAGCUAAGUGUCCUUUGCAGUCUUUCUAAGAAUGUCUUGUAACUCUGCCAUCAUGCUGUUCUGCACAUACAGACCACCCACGACGUAUGGCCAUUCAGGGUGGGUGCCCCCCGCCCCUCACUGCUUGGGUCCACUGGGUUGCUCUCGGGUUUCCAGCCAGAACCCGCCCAGGCUGUUGGAGAGGACGCUGCUCUCCUCCCUUCGGGGCUUUGAGCUUUGCACUCAGCUCUGCCUGUAAGCUUUUUACGCACAUCUGCAGAAGACCCAGGUGGGCCCUUCUCAUCAUGCCUGCUUUUGUGAAAGAUUGUCAAAGUAGGAGAACUGAAGAUUCCUGGUGCUCUGGUGACACUUCCCUGUCUUAUUGGCUGAUGUGGCAAAUUUCGAUGUGUUAAGUUCUUAAGAUGCCCCUGAUGGCAUGACUGAAGGGUUAAGGCCAAUCCCCUUUGGGGGACAGUGAGAGGAGGCUGAGUUAUCGCCUACUUUAAAACUUCCUUGGAUUAAGUAGUUCAGAGUUAAAGCUAAAACACCAAAUAUUAACUCUUCCCCAAGUGUGUCCAGGAACUAGACUUUGAGGUCGUCCUCAUUCAGUUCUUCCUACAGCUUCAAAGUCAGUAAAAUUUGUGAGUUUAUCCCUAGAAUAUACCUUGCCACUGGCCGGGAGGCGCAAUGCAGAUGGCUUACCAGGUCCAGGUGCUCGUGUGCGGAACCUGGGGCUCCUUCUUGGAACUCUGGAGAUAGUGUGCACAAUCUCGAGGGAUGGGAGAGGGCAGGCCCCCUGUCCCAAGAAGCAGGUGGUGCCCGGGCCUUCCGGGGGUCUUGAGGGUGCCAGCCUGAUUGUGUUCUGGAAGACCCAGUCUCAGACUCUGUGCCUUUAAAGUCCGGUCCUCACUGUCCUUUCAGAAUCAUGUCAGGCUGCAUCUUUGCCGGGAGGUAAGCCUGUGCCAUUCCCAGGUCAGUCGUUGCCUCCUGCCUUGGAAGCUCCUACCCUCUGCUCUUCAGCGAACUCGCGCUGUCGUGCACAGUCUAACCCACGGGUGAUGCACUCGGUCUUACUGCAAAAAAAUACUCAGUUCCAGUCACAUCCUGACCAGUCCACCUCUGCUGGGAUGUCAGGAGGUUGGUGCACAACCCAACUCUUAGGCAGUGGCCAUGACCAUCAGCAAAACCUGUUGGUUUUGUUCUCAUAGUCACUCAACAAGAAUAUUAUUGUAAUGGAAGUAGAUGUUUUAAAAGGAAUUGGAAUCAUGUCUUUGUAAAAUGCUUGUGAAGUCCUCAGACGUAAGGUGCUACUCAGUUCUCCCUUCCUUAUUUUAGAAUGCUUGUCGUUAUUGCCGUUUUGUGACUUGGGGAAACUGCUUGCUUAGGUGUGGUGUCACCUCGAGCUGUGCACACAGGAUUCCAGUUGUGAUAGACCUAACAUGCAAUUGUUCUUUCUUUUUUCAAGCCAGGUAUUGAGCAGUUUUUUGGCCAACACCCUUCCCUGUUAAGGGUGGUUUUGUUGGUUUUAAGUGGAAAAUAUACCCAGUACACUCAUUUUUAAAUCUAUAGAAGACCCUUUUUACUUCUCUCAGCCCAUCCUUCUCCCCAGACCCUCCGCUGUCUCAGAGGGGUGACAUGUUUAUUAACAAUUUUAGUUCCUCUUCAAAGCCAAACAGACACACGUGACUCACAUCUUUAAGUAUAUAGUUUAGCAUUAACUGAAAUCUCAGUCCUGAGUUUGGUGGAUUUUAAUGUAGUUGUCAAAGGUAUGAAUUCGUGUUUUAUAACUGUAGAGGCAAGCAAGUUUUUAUUUUUUAAAAAGUUGUAAGAGAAUAAUUGUAAGUUUCUGUGCAGCAAAGUGGCUAAUUACUCAUCAAAUACAAGAAGAGAAUGUAGUAUAUAAGUGCAGAUUUUUCUUACCUCUGGUACACUGCAGAUUACUUACCUAAUAUUGUAUUGAGGGGUUUUAACCCUUAAGUUUUACCAAUUUUUCUAGUUUUAUUUUAUUUUUAUAAAAUAACUGAAAAAGAACCAAAAAUGAAUUCAGAAGUUCCAUAGGUGAGUUUUGCCCCUUUUUAAUUUACCCCACAGUAAGACAUUUUGAAUCAAAAUGUAUUAUGACCAUUUAAAGUUUACUAUUUUCUAAGAAGCUGAGCAGCUCGCAGGGCCUCGUUUCAGGUGGUGCCCGUGUGCGUCUGUGGCUCCUUUGUACCUGUGCAGUGCAGCUAUGUGACGGCGUCUUGUGUUUGCAAUAUGGAAACCAUGCAGUGCUGUUUUGUAAAUUGCCAGUUCCUGUAUAAACUAUUAUUUAUAUACCUUGGCCUCUCUGUAUACGUUUUCAUUUGCUACAUGGAUUGUAAAAUUAACUAUGAAAUUAUAGUACCUGCUAAAUACAAUUCUGAGGCUUCAUGUCAUUGUCUUUAGUUUAAUCCCAUGCUGUGUGUCUUGAGGAUGUCCGAUGCUUGCAUGAUACUAGGUGGUGAUGCCACUUUAAAUUAAGCCUUAAUCAGAUGUUAAAUUUAUAAGUUUCAGAGUAUGCAAAAAUACUAGGCAGAGUGAGUUUAAACUGUUCAGAUCAAGAUGCUAUAUCAUAAUUCAGCAAGUCUUUUCUUUGGAGUUAAAAAGGGAAGCAUUCAGCGAUACACCUCCCUCUCCCAGUCCUCCUCUCCUCCCCUCCCCCACUCUUCCCCUUCUCCCCCUCCCCUUGGUCUGUCUUGGCUUUUGCCAUUGCUUGGUAAAAGUGGACCGUUGUGCUUUUCUGUGGCAGUCAGUCAAAAAGACCUGUUCUGAAAGUCUUGAGACAUUUUCAGGGUUAUUUUUAAAUGUUUGGGUUUUUUCCCUUCCAGUCUGAGAUUUAUUAUGGCUGAUGGAGUGUGCGAUUUUGGUGUGGGUCUUAUUUGCAAACCUGCUCAUGAUCUAAGCUUUCUUCAGGUAGUGCCACCUGUCAUUGUUUCUGCAUAUGAUUAAAAUGGAUUUUUGUUUUUGUAAAAGCAUCUUAAAUUUAGAGAUAAAAUGGAGGGGACCCAGCUUUCUUCACAAUGUGGAUCUACCUCAGUUAAACAGUUGGGUGCUAUUUACUAAGGCUGUCAAAUUAAAUUGGAAAAAGUAACCAAACAGUGAGAUACAACUCCACAUGAAACUUGAAAUCGUCAUUUCCGUUUAUUUAAUAAUAUUUUUAUUUAUUUUUGUGCCUUUAUGUUGAACCCUAAUGCAUUAAAAAAUCAGUACAAAAUUAAAUGUUUUAUAUCACAGGUGGAGAGAAAAGCUCAAUUGUUCAUGGAAUUUUAUAGGUUUCCCGCCCCCCCAGCCAACUCAUAUAAUGUAUUGGAAUCCCAACCGCCCUCUUGUGAAGAGAAAAAAAAUUUAUGUCCAAGAGCAAAUUAACAUUUUAUAAACAAUAAAUUCCAAACUCUUCUAUGCAUAUAUUUAUAACUAUCACUUCAUUUCUGUGCCAGUGAAGGGGCGGCCAAAAAAACUCACAAGUCCUCCUACUGCUUUUCUGCCAUUUAUGUCCCCUCUUCCUCUGGCACAUUUUCUAGGAGUUUAUUUCAUAAGCAGCGAGUGGACUGUUGUCCAUCCCUCUCUCCUUACCCACUGCUGGGUGCUAGUGACCACACACAGAAAGGGAAAGGAUGUGGCUGCUGCUGAACACAGAGCCAUCCAUCUCCACGGGUUAGGAGAACUCGGGCAGGUGAGGAAGGAGACGGGAGGCAGACGACUUCCCAAGCUUUUCUAUUUGGCAGUUUACAAUUCUAGACUUUUCCUACUAUGGCAAGCUUUUUCUUACUUAAGUCUUUGGAGGUAACACAGUAUUUUGGAGUCUUAAGAAUUUGAUUUUAUACCAAUAAGAAAUAAAAAUUAGAGAUCUUUCCUGUAGUAUAUAGUUUUACUAUUUUAAAGGGAUCUCUGAAUUUUACAAGAGAACCAACAUUCCUUAGUGGCAGAACUUUGAAAGUUGAUUUGGGAAGCUUUUAGCUUAAGGAUCUCAAAAAAAAAAGGUGAUUCUAGUUAAAUGUUUUUAAUUUUUUAACUUCCAUCAGGUUAAUACUUGAGCUAUAUUUUAUAAAGCCUAGAUCAUCCUUUAGUAUGCUGCAUAUAAAGAUCAGCAUUGUUGCACUUUCUCAGUAAUAAUAAAUGCCCUGCAAUUGGCUCGCCAGUAAGCAUUUUGUUUUUAACCUAACAAGAGUACUUUGGGGCAAGAGAUUACAUUUAUAUAGGUACCUCAAAAAAAAAAAAAAAAAAAAGAACCUGAAUAUGCUGCAUUUUAUUUCUUUAGCUUUUACAUGUAGCAUUUUGUUUUGUUUUUGUUAUUUUGUUUAGAUAUAUGCUUUUUGGACCCCAAAAGACUGUUGCAAGAAAAUUUAAAGUUAGUUUUGUAAAGAUAUAGUAUCCUUUAAAAAAAAAAAAAACUUACUGCAAUAUCUGGUUCAAAGGUUGCCCUACAUUAAAAUAAUACUUUACCCAGACACACCUGAGGAAAAGGAUAGUAUGUUUAUAAGCAGACAAUAAUGUUCUGAAUCCGUUCUGUUCAUGCUGCUUUCUUAAUAUGUAUCUCCAUGUCAUCAAGAGGUCGGAUAACUUCUUUCUGUGCUCAAAGGUAAAAAUCAUGGCAUCUUUAAUUUUUUUUUUUAACCCAGACCUCAGAAUAUUGCCACUGAGUAAAUAGCCUGAUGCUAAAUGCAGUGCUGAAAUUAGGCAGCCCCACUAACUGGUCUUUCCAGAGGGCGGGUCUCCACACACCUUUAUUCCUCAGUAUUCACUCUAAACUGAACAGAUGGGGAGUGGUCUUGAUUGACAAGAUAAAACUGGUGAAGAAAGCUAAAUGCUGAGAGACUGAGCAUCUAUUGUCAUGUUCAAGCUUAGCUGGGUCCUUUCAAGUUUGUUUUUACGGCUUACUAGGUUAAGUAGUUUGCACUAUUUUUGCAAUAAAUUCAUGGAAAACCUAACAGUUACUUGUUUUUGUUUCUUACUGUGUGUAUAUAAACUAAUACUAAAAGUUUGGCAUAGUGUUUUUUCACCUCCUUACAUAACCCCUAACAUGCACAGAAUGCUGUAAAUCUGAUAAAAUAUGAUGUGAAUGAUAUUUUAUAAAGUUAUUUUGUAUGGUGUCAAUUUUGUUUUGCCUCAUAGUAUGUCAGCAAAAAAUAAAAUAAAAUUCCUCAUAUUUA